UAGUUACCUUCGAUAAUAUUGUCGGUAUGCACAUACAUUUACAGUAAACACUAGUAACUAUUUGCUUUUCUUAUUAUAGAUAUGUCGGAACUGUACACUUUCCGUUGCAGAAGAGAGGCGAGCAAAUGAGGCACUGCAUGAAAUGUUAAAGCUAUUAACUCCCUAAUUUAGUUCACAUGAAAACCAUGUGCAACCAUGGCCUACGGCAAUUUAAAUUCCACUGGAAGCUCAUUCCCUCACAAAUGGUUAAUCCGAAGUAGCCAACCGUUAUACCCGUAAUACCCUGUAGCAAGUUACUUAGCAGGCGAUGUUUCACCUACAUAACAAAGCACACAGAUAACAUAAACACACCGAACAGAACAGGAAAACAAGGAGGAGCAGAAGGAAAAGGAAUGGGUAAGUGACUUAAGAAAGGUGCUAAGAAUAGGGAGAAAUGGAAGGAAAAGGCCGCUCCCCUCUUCACCUUCUGCCGACACUAACCCUCUCUGCCCUCCUUUUCUUUCGCCUUUCCCCCCUCUGUUACCCUCCAAUUCCCUUCCUCUUUGCUCCAGUUUUCGAUGCAGGUAGAGAUUACAAAUCGGUUUUGGACUCAAGGGGGGUUAGAAAGAGGUAUGCAUGAGGCGCGGGGAGCAGUGGUUGUUUAAAGGGAACAGAUAAGGGAAAGAAGAAGCGGACGCACAAAUCGCUGCGUUGGCCACUGGAAUAAAUGGAAUAACAAAACCAAACCAGAGACUGCAAAGUCGCCGCCCGUGGCGCCCCCAUCGACUGCGACGUCGGCAGCGACGUCUGUCUGUCUCCUUUUCUGUUUUGUGUCUGGCCGAUCAAGUGUGGUUCCACAGCUACGAUCAAAAAAAUAGAACCACCUUUAAAAUAAUAUCUUAUAUAUAAAAAUAUGUCGAUCUACAUAACUUUCAAAACAAAAAAAAGCUAAAAAACAGGAAAUACCAUUACAAAAUUUCGUCCUACAGAAGUUAACAAUCAAAUUUCUGGGGCUCUGACCACUGUUAUGGCUCUUCUAUGAUAACUUCGUUCCGCUGCUGUUCGUCUUCUUUUUCUGCCUCUCCCCAGUCAUUCCGUGUUGGUAAUUAUAUAAAUCAUUUAUUUAUGAACUAUUUACUUUCGAGUUAAGUCAGAUAAUGGUUAUUCUCAACGAUUUCUCUCCCUCGCCGCCUCCCAUUUCCAAUUUCCUUCACUUCGCUUGAAUGAAAUGCAAAUCGUUUUUUCAUUUUUCCCUGGGCAGAGUGGAUUUUCUAAUUACAAAUGAGCAUAUAACGCGGGUAAACUCCGAUUUCUGUUGUUGCAAUUGCAUCCGAAAGUGGAGCAAUGGGAUGGGGGUAGUACGGAGAAAGAGAAGGAGCAUGAUGACGAGAGGGGAAGGAAAGAACCGGGGACAAGCGACGAUCAUUAAGCCUCCAGUUGUUGUUAUAACUGUACUGUGAUGUAAGGUUCGUGCUAAGUUUCUACUAAUGCAUAUAUUCGACAGUGCAGACUCGGAAACGAAACGAUAACAAGUAUCGAUUUACCGUUUCUAACAAAGUUAAAUUCAAGUCGCUCAGUAAAAUAUUAUUUACAUAAACAGCUUUGGGUAAAAGUUCCCCACUUUGAAGGUAAUUGAAGAGAAAGACAGCAAGCUCGUUUACCAAGUGACCACUGUACUCGUUAGUCUGUAGAUAUCUGGGUUGCCUUUGUUACACUUUUCGCGAUUCAAAUGGCCGACGUGCGAAACCGUAGUAAGUAAAAACAAUUUAAUUACAUUUUGCACUUGUUUGUUGUUGCGGCUAAUAGCAUUUGCAUCGAGUAAGAAGCAGAGUGGCCAAAGAGGAUGCGCAACCAGGGGGUUAACAGGCGGCAGUGGGAGCGAGAGGGGUUAAUCGCACCGUCUGCGAUAUGUCACGUUUCGCGGAGGCAGGUGAGUGCAAUAAAGUGGAGUGUGUGACAAGUCAAAAGACAAUUCAACUAAUGAGCGAGCUUAGCUUAGUUGAAAAGCCGCACAAGCAGUCGCACGGGAGUCGAGGAAGCAGUGCGUAAGCAGUGCCACACUGGGACACAAAAUGCAGCUCAUAUUUUGUUUAAAGAAUGAUAAAUACCUUUUCUUGGUAGGUGCAAUCCUGAUAAAAAAAAAGUAAACAGCUAUUUAUAAAGAUGAAAUCAUGUAGUCGGCGAUUGCCUUGUCAAGUCCGGAAAUGAGAAAUAAUCUCAAAGGUCUAGUUCAAUUCAUAUUUAACUUAACUGCUUAAAAACGAGAAUCUCAGUGGAAGAACAUUUUUGGGAAGUGCAAGAUGGUGGAGCAACCAAGGAGGUGAGGCAAGCCGUGGGGAACCUGCAAUUAUGGGAAGCCUUCUGCCGACAUUGCGCAGUCCAGGCUUAAAAGUCAAAUAACAUAAAUUAUGGCCAAACGGACGGGGACGGAAGAUCAUAUGGGGCCAAGCCCCACGAAGAUAAACAGUGGAAUAAGUCUGCCCGUGGGCCCUUUGGGCUCUAUAAAUAGAGUUGCCAACUGCGGCAAUUGCAGCCACCGACAAUUGCAAGUCCCUUUUGCCUUUUGCUUCUUUUAUGGCAAUUUAUGAUUAAUAAAAGGAAUUAAUCGCACACAAUGCCAGCGAAUGGCCAUAAUUGGUGGCACCGACUCCUGCAAGGAUCCGCGGAUCACAGUCAAGGUCAUCGCAAGGCCAUAUAAGGGAGCACCCACCGUCUAUAGAAUUCAACUGAAUAUUGCAACUGUGAUCAAAGGCAGCAAAUUGCUUCGUUUCGAAUGUUUUCUACUAUCAAAUAAAACCACCAAAUGUCGGCACGACGUUGAAUGCAAACUUGAGGACAACAAAAGUACGGAAGCACAAACAGGAACGCCACGUAUACGCCGCGUUGUCUGGCAUUUUCCUGUUACCGGGGAAAUGGGGAAAAUGGGUAAAUGGGAAAUCAAAGAUUGCCGACCGCACGGAGUGCCGCCUUUCGCCAUUACGUUAUUUUCGCCAUUUCGCGCUCUUAUGUCAGGAGGAAAGCCGGUCACGCGCCAAUACAAGAGCUGCAACAUCCUCCAGCAUGCAGUUCCUUAAACGCAGCGAUUAGCAAAAGGACACGUACGAAGGAUGCGUGUGCGGAUGCCGGUGCGGAUGCCGAUGCGGAUGCCAGUGCGGAUGCCAGUGCGGAUGCCAGUGCGGAUGCGAAUGUGGCAACAAGUUCGGCUAACGAGGCUGGCCGACGAGAACACAAAUCCUCAACCAGAGUGGCCCAAAAACCUAAACCCAAACCCAAACCAAAACCAAAACCUAAACCGCUCGCUGUGGCCAGCAAUUUUCAAUGAAUGGCAUCGUCUAAUACAAUUGCACACACGGCGUAUGCGUAACGAGUUUGUUUUGCCGAUCGCACGACACACACACAACAGAAAAGGAAUUUCGCCCCCGAAAUUGCAGACGAUUUUCCAUUAAAUCAUCUUAUUGACACACAUACAAUCGGAAGACAAUGGGAAUGUGAGUAAUUGAAUUUAUACUGAAUGAAAAGCGAAGGACAUUGCAGGAAUUUCAUUCAAAAUUACUGACUGUUACACAGCCAUUUUUGCAUUAGGCGCAGCUUUAAACUAAAAUAUAUUAAUAAAGUCAAGCAAUUCAAGCCAACUAUUUUGCAUCUGUGUAAUCUUAAAAACUUGUUGUUUGCAGUUUACAAAUUCAAAUUCUUUUCUAUCCAAUUCCAAAGGGAACUCAUUAAAUUCAAGACCACAAGCUUAGAAACAAGUUCUUGAUAAUUUCCAUGUAGGAUUCUAUUAACUGGAGCAUAACAAAUUCUGUGGAACUUUUUCUAGCAUAUACGAAUAUUUACAUUUUUUGGCUGAAAUUUUAAAUAAGUCUGGGGAUCCCCAUUUGAAGACCAAAUAUAAAAACGUUUUCCAAAAACCACAAUACACACACACUCAUACGACACAUAAACUCUCACAUCACGAAAUUAAUCAACAAAUUUUCCAAGGAAAUUUUUCAAUGAAUUUGAAUAAGUCAUUUCAUAUUUACCGCUUCGCAUUCAGUUUUUUCUUUUCUCAAUGGAACGCACUUUUCAGUCGUUCGAGUCAAGUGAAAAUUUCGUGCACAUUUUUGCGUGCCUUUUUACACGUUAACAGUUGGGAUUCAAAAAUCACAAAGACUGCAAAGAUAUUGUAUCUUAAGACUGGCUAGUUUUUAUCUCUCUUCACUUUUGAGUAAGUUGCAAGUUUGUAACCUAGUUUGUUUUGUAGGUGUUAGUUAAGUACUUAUGAAUAUCUUUGAAUAUUUUCGAAUAUUUGUACAAGUUAAUAUAGCUGUAGCACAACACUUAGAAGCACAUUCAAAAAAAUAGUUACUUGAUAUUUAGAUAUAGUAAGUUUUUCAGUAUGCUUAUGUUUUUAUUUAUUUUUUUUUUUUGUAUGGGUAUGGUGUGUUUUGUUUGUUUUGGGCGAUGUCGGUGUUUUUUUUUUUAUUUUGUUUUUUGGAGAACUUGAGAGUUCCAGAGAGUUUGGUAUAUGCUUUGCUUUGAAAUGUUUGGCCUGCUUGGGCUGUUCUGCUAUUUAAAUGAAUUCUUCCUAUUUCUUCCUAGCACAACGCGCCUCGUCGACCGUUCAAAUGAAACUGAUGCGAAGGCGACGCAUUGCCAGGAAUAUAAAGCGACCGGGAGCGAGAGGGCGCCAUUGAGCCCAUGUGCGGGAGCGAGCGAGAGGCCAGCACUCGGCCGGGCACUUCGGCUGUGGUCGGCAAAAGCCGAACUACUAUAAACACCUGUAAGCAGCCCUCGAUGCCGGCGCAAGAGAGAGAGGGAGAGAGAGAGAGAGAGAGCGAGCGAGCGAGUGAGUGGCCGUAUCGUUCUCACUCCUUUGCCCUUCGCCACCCACCGCCCACACACUGCUGCUCGCCCCAUCUUUGUCGCACGCCCUCUCGCUGUCGCUUGCGCUCUCCCUCUCUCUCUUUCGCGCUCGCAUUCGGAAGCGGAAGGAAACUCAACAGUUGGCACAUUACUGAGUGGAGAGAGGAGCGGAGAAAGUCGAGCGGAGAGAUUCGGAGAACUGCGGAGAAAGCGCGGGCGGCAGCGCUACUCAUUGUUGUCGUUGUUUGUUGCCAUCAAAUUUAUGGCAAUCAUUUGUGCGGUGUUUUAAGUUGGUCCAACACAAGUGCCCAAAACUAUCGAUAAUUAUCGACGGACGGUAAGCAAGGGGGGGUGUGGGGGUGCUAGGAGGAAGUGGGGGAUUAGAAUAAUCCAAACGAUUAUGGUAAUGACAUUGUUAGCUAUUAGCAAUCAGAUUGUUUGCCAUGUCUAUCAAUUUAAUUAAAGCAUUUUAUGGCAUUCUGAUAACUCAUUCACUCAUUUACUAGCUUGUAAUCGGUAUAAUCGGCAAUAUUGUUAUCGAUCGAGAUAAGCGGGCCUACGAUUAAUUUGACUUAUUUGAAUAUCACUCCAUUAAGUAGUAAUUGACAACUGAACGAAAGCGGCUUAUAAUUUCUUCGAAAAAAUGACAUCGAAGAAAUCUUCAAGGAAGUCAUCGGUCUCGUGUUCCUUGUCGACCUCGUCGAGUAACUUCUUCAAUCUUCGCAAGAGAUCCUUGUCCUUUUCGAGGGCAUCCAGCACCUUUUCAGCAUCGCUUUU